CUAAAACAUCACCGACAACAGCUUUAAGAUGGCCACCGUUAAUGUAAACCGAAGUGUGACGGAUAUUUUCUACCGUUACAAAAUGCCGCGCCUGCAGGCCAAGGUCGAGGGUAAGGGCAAUGGCAUUAAGACCGUGCUCGUAAAUAUGGCUGAAGUUGCGCGGGCUAUUGGACGUCCUGCCACAUAUCCUACCAAAUAUUUUGGUUGCGAAUUGGGUGCCCAAACGCAAUUCGAUCAUAAGAAUGAACGUUUUAUUGUUAAUGGUUCGCAUGACGUCAAUAAGUUGCAAGAUCUUUUGGAUGGAUUUAUUCGCAAGUUUGUGUUGUGCCCGGAAUGCGACAAUCCUGAGACCAACUUGAGCGUAUCGGCCAAAAACCAAACCAUUUCCCAAUCUUGCAAGGCAUGCGGUUUUCACGGUCUCCUUAAGGUGAAUCACAAAGUCAAUACAUUCAUUGUGAAGAAUCCUCCAUCGCUGAAUCCGGCUGCUCAAGGCUCUUCCUUAACCGAAGGAAAGCGUUCGAAACGCGUACAGAAGCAGAAGAAUGAGAAUUCCGAUGGGUCUAUGUCAAACAAUUCGAUGGCAAACAAUUCGGGCGGGGAGUCUGAUGGCGGCAACGGCACUAAUCAAGCAAGUCAAACGGAAGCAGAGAUUCGUUCGGCUAUUCCGGAAAAGAGUAUGUCUGAUGAUGAUGAUGAUGGUGGCUGGAGCGUUGAUGUGUCCAAGGAAGCUAUACGAGCUCGCUUGCAAGAUUUGACGGAUGGCGCCAAAGGGAUGACAAUUUCCGAUGAUUAUGACAAGACCGAAAAGGAGCGAAUAGACAUUUUCUAUGAGCUGGUGAAAACCAAACGCGACAAGGAUAAGUUAAAUGAUGUGCCAACGCACAAGGAGCUGUUAAUUGAGGCUGAACGUCUAGAUAUUGUGAACAAGGCGCCUCUUGUGUUGGCUGAGCUUCUAUUUACAGAGAACAUUAUAAGCGAUGUGCGAAAAAAUCGCAACCUUUUAUUGCGUUUUACCCACAAUAAUCCGAAAGCCCAGCGUUAUUUGAUUGGCGGAAUUGAGCAAACCGUGGAACUCCAUACGAAUACACUAAUGGGGAAAGUUGCAGGCAUCUUUAAGAUCUUCUACGACAUGGACAUUCUCGAUGAAAAGGUUAUUCUUGAUUGGGCACAGAAGGUUAGCAAGCGACAUGUGUCCAAGAAGAUAGCCACCGAAAUACACGAGAAGGUGCAACCGUUUGUGCAGUGGCUCAAGGAAGCUGAGGAGGAGGAAUCAUCGUCCGAGGAAGAAAACAAUGGUGGUGGGGAUUCGGAUGUUGAGAUAGAAUAUGAUGAUCGAGCUCGUGUCGAACCCCUUAAGGUGGCUGGAGUCGGUGGCUCGACCGUCAAUAAGAAAAAGAUUGAAGACGAAGAGGAAGGGGACGAGAUCGACAUCGACGAGAUCUAAGCUAUGGCGCGCAUAGGUGUGUAUAUAUAUAUAUCUAUAUAUAUCUACAUAUAUCUAUAUAUCUACAUAUAUAUAUACAUAUAUAUAUUUAUAUAUUAUUAUAUACACUGUAUGUGUUAAUAGUGAAAGGGGGCUGACAAGUGUCUAUCUGUUAAUCCAUUUGUAGCACUAUCAAAAUUUUAGCAACGACGAUAACAGGAAACUAUUUUUCCAAUAAAAGGCCAAUUCGCUGGAGAAACGAACACAUCUAAUCGGCAAUCUAAUAAGCAGUUAACUGUUAUUAUGCUAUCCAUACCAUGUGGUACAAUUGUAUUACAGUAGCAAUAAUAACUACGCGUUUAGGCAAAAUACAAAACAGUCUGGCUUAUUUGACAAAACAGUGCUACUGGCCGCACAACCGUUUAUGAUUUCCCGCUUCAUUCGAUUUCAAUUGUGAGCAUUAUCAACUACCGUACUGGAAGAAUAGGCACUGAAGCUCAUUUCAUAAUUUGAAUAGUAGAGUUACAAACAUGUUUUCAUUACAAUAGCAUAAAUCCAAAAAGUUAAUUUCCUGCUUUUAAUUCCUAGUUACAUAUAUACUUUUUUUUUUGCCACCAUAUCAUUCUUUAAAACUUUUCUUUAUUAAUAAGAUAAAUAAAUUUUAAAAGAUUUUUUACCAAAUAUGAAAUAGAGUGUGGUAAAUGAUUAAUUUUUAAGUAAAGUACUUAUUAGGCUUAACAUUGUAAGCAAAACGAAAGCUACACUAUUUUUGCAGAUGUAAUUUGUAAUUUGAUUUAAUUACAACAAAAUUAUUUAAAGGGUGAUUAAAGCAAAGGUUUGCGUUCUGAGUGGCACGUUGUAA